UUCCAGGCCCACUAACACUUGCAUAAACAACUGACUCAGAGGACGGAGAGACAGCUGAGAGGGGACGAAUAAUAUUCUCCAGAACCUUUGUGUUGUCUUGUGAAGAUGAGCAGGUUUACUGGCCUUCUACGGCGUACUUUUGGAGUAGUACGAGAGCACGUCGGGACAGACCAUCUGGGGAAUAAAUAUUACUUCAUCCCAGAGCAGAAGUCCUGGACAGGAAGGCUUGUCCGUGCCAAGCGGAUGGUAGUGGCAGCCAAUCCUACAGAAUAUGAAUAUAUGGAAGGCAACAUUCCGAUGGAGUGGGAUGCUUGGAUCCGAGGCAGACGGAAGGAGCCCCCCUCCGUUGAGGAGUUGCUGAAGAAUGAGUCACAAAGGGAGGUGAUCAAGCUGAAGGCCAAGGAAGUAGAGGAGAAAGAUCUGGCUCUACAGGCUAAGGAGUACGAGGAAGGUCUUGUGGCAACUCCUGCAAGGACUGUGGCUAAGGGUCAUGCAGCUUCCACCAGCUUCGGCAAGCAGGAAAUCAGCGAGGACCCAACCAGCACUGCAAACACGUUUCAGCCUGGCUCCUGGAUGCCCACUUCCAAGAAAUAGACUGAGACACCCACAUAGACUGAGACUGCUGUACACUGUAAUACAAUCCAGAAGCAAGGCCCUGCAAUAAAAACUGCGUUUGUGAAACCGAUAUUCACUUUUAGUUGAGAUUUAAUCUCCUUUCAGUAUAAUGCAAUCCAGGUCAACAACCCCAUAAACUAUGACCUCAGAAAUAACCAGAGUUUAAUCAACUUGUCUCUCGUCUUCACAGAGGAAGUGUUUAUUUCAAGGCAGUUUUAUUGGACUGCAUUACAUUAUAAAUGGGUUCCUUCUUUCCUUGUCUCUCUGUGUGUAUUGUAUAUACGCAAGACAAUAUCCAUCACACCUUGAAGCUGACUUUAAGUGAUGACAAUAACUACAUUCAGCUGAAAGGUAUGUGAAUAAAGAAAUGGUUGUGUUUCAGUGGUGUAUGGAAUACAACACAAAUGUUUUAGAAAUACUGUAAGAAAUUUUAUAAAAUGUAAUAAAAUGUAAUUGUAGUUGUAUAACAAA